CCCUCCCUGCGGGCGGCCCCGGGGCGGCGGCGGCAAGUGUCCGGGCGGCGGCGGCCAUGCUCGGCGGGGCCUGAGGAUGCGGCGGCGGCGGGCGGCCGUGGCGGCGGGGUUGUGCGCCGCCUUCCUGCUGGGCUCGGUGCUGAGCGCGCUGCUGGCGCCGGGCGCGGGCCCCCCCGCCCCCCCCGGCCGGCGCGGGGCCCGCGGAGAGCUGGCGCGCCAGAUCCGGGCGCGCUACGAGGAGGCGCGGCGCUACUCGCGGGCGGGCCGCGGGGGCGCAUGGGGGCGGCCGGAGCGCCGGCGGCUUAUGGACCUGGCGCCCCGCGCCCCGCGGCCCCGCGCCCCGCGCCUCCGCGCCCCCCGCGCCCCGCGCCCCCGUGGCCCCGGCCUGGGCUGCGCGGCGCUGCGCGCGGCGUCGGGGGCGCAGUUCGUGGGCGCGGGCUACACCAAGGCUGUGUACCGCGUCCGCCUGCCGGGCGGCGCCGCCGUGGCUCUCAAGGCCGUGGACGUGAGCGGUCAUGACCUGGGCAGCUGCGUGCGCGAGUUCGGGGCCCGGCGCGGCUGCUAUCGCCUGGCGGCGCACAAGCUGCUCAAGGAGAUGGUGCUUCUGCAGCGCCUGCGCCACCCCAACGUGUUGCAGCUCUACGGCUACUGCUACCAGGAUAGCGAGGACAUCCCAGACACACUGACCACCAUCACCGAGCUGGGUGCACCCGUGGAGAUGGUCCAGCUGCUACAGGCCUCCUGGGAAGACCGCUUCCGCAUAUGCCUGAGUCUAGGCCGCCUGCUACACCACCUGGCCCACUCGCCACUGGGCUCUGUCACGCUGCUGGACUUCCGGCCUCGCCAGUUUGUGCUGGUGGAUGGGGAGCUGAAGGUGACUGACCUGGACGACGCCCGUGUGGAGGAGACACCAUGUGCCAGCAGUGCCGACUGCACCCUUGAGUUCCCUGCCAGGAACUUCAGCCUGGCCUGCUCUGCCCACGGCCGCUGCCUGGGCAUGAACGAGAAGCGCAACCUCUAUAAUGCUUACAGGUUCUUCUUCACCUACCUCCUGCCGCACAGCGCCCCGCCCUCACUGCGGCCACUGCUGGAUGCAAUUGUGAACGCCACAGGGGAGCUGUCCUGGGGAGUGGAUGAGACUCUGGCCCAGCUGGAGACGGUUCUGCACCUGUUCCAGAGCGGCCAGUACCUGCACAACUCCACAGCGGGCCACAGAGCUGAGUAUCGACACCUGGCGUCUAGCAACAUCCCCCAGGAGGACUACCGCUGCUGGCCAUCCCACCAGCACGGGGGCUGCGUCCUGUCCGUGUUCAACCUGGCUGAGGCCAAGGACAUCUGUGAGAGCCAUACCCAGUGCCGGGCUUUUGUGGUCACCAACCAGACCACCUGGACAGGCCGGCAGCUGGUCUUUUUCAAGACUGGGUGGAACCAUGUGGAGCUGGACCCCAGCAAGACCACAUAUGUGCGGGCCUCAGGCUGAAUGGCCAACACCCUCCCCCAGCACCCCACAGCCCACUGGACCUCUGGAAGCUGGGUGACCCCACCAUGUGCAAUAAUGCCAAAGUCAAUGUGAGCAGCGGCCCUGCACCCCUUUCCGGGCACUGCCCCCAGGACAGCCAGCCGCCACUGUGUCUUUGCGAGAAUGUAGCCAAAGUCCCGCUCGGGGGUGCCAGGGUGCCUAGGGACAGAGGUGACGCAGUCUGAGCCAUUGGAGGAGCAGCGGAGCGUCUGAGCCAGACCCGGGCCCCUGGGCACCCCCAGCCCGACCUCCCCCGCAAGUGAGCAGGCAAGCGGGCUUCCGGGAGCUUUUGUACUUCUCUCUCAGAUGUUUAUUUUUGUAAGAAAUAAAAGCGCUCAGUGAACACGCCCAGCGCA